ACGGGUCCAGCGCCGGAGGAGGCCCAGCCCGCCGCUGCCUGGCACCGCUGUAACAGCCCGCCAGCUCCAGCCGAAGCUCGAAGGCUCGCCGGCCUAAUCUCCGCCGCGCGGCCCGGGAUGGGGCCCCGCUCCGGAGUGCGCCGUCGCCCGGUCCCGGGGGCCUUCGUUACCGCAAGGGACUGAAGCACGGCCACCCUGGGGAGGGUGGACGGCCAGGCGCGGGGGGGUGAACCGCUGGGUGACCUUGGCAGGGCCCAUCUGGCUCGGCCGCCACGACGCUCAGAUGUUUUCAAGUCAGCAAACAUUUAUUGAGCACCUACUAUAUACAAGUCUAAUACUCUCUCUACUCUUUGUCCUUCUGGAGAUGAACAUCUGCAACAAGCCCUCCAACAAGACAGCCCCUGAGAAGAGUGUGUGGACAGCACCCACGCAGACCAGCGGGCCCUCCCCGGAGCUGCAGGGCCAGCGGUCUCGCCGGAAUGGGUGGAGCUGGCCCCCUCACCCGCUCCAGAUUGUGGCCUGGCUGCUGUACCUCUUCUUCGCUGUGAUUGGCUUCGGGGUCCUUGUUCCCCUCCUGCCUCACCACUGGGUGCCCGCUGGCUAUGCUUGUAUGGGCGCCAUCUUCGCCGGCCACCUCGUGGUGCACCUGACUGCUGUCUCCAUCGACCCAGCAGAUGCCAAUGUGCGGGACAAGAGCUAUGCAGGGCCCCUGCCCAUCUUCAACCGCAGCCAGCACGCGCAUGUCAUCGAAGACCUGCACUGCAACUUGUGCGACGUGGAUGUGAGCGCUCGCUCCAAGCACUGUAGUGCCUGCAACAAGUGCGUGUGCGGCUUCGACCACCACUGCAAGUGGCUCAACAACUGCGUGGGCGAGAGGAACUACCGGCUCUUUCUACACAGUGUGGCAUCUGCUUUACUGGGUGUCCUGCUCCUCGUGCUGGUGGCCACUUAUGUCUUCGUGGAGUUCUUUGUCAACCCCAUGCAGCUGCGCACCAACCACCACUUUGAAGUCCUGAAGAAUCACACGGAUGUGUGGUUUGUGUUCCUGCCUGCUGCCCCUGUGGAGACCCAGGCUCCUGCUAUCCUGGCCCUGGCUGCCCUACUCAUCCUUCUGGGCCUGCUCUCCACAGCCCUGCUUGGCCACCUACUCUGCUUCCACAUUUAUCUCAGGCCCCCUUUCCACUGCACUGAGCCUUCUCUCACCCCCUCAGUGUGGCACAAGCUCACUACCUAUGAAUACAUCGUGCAGCAUCGUCCGCCACAGGAGGCAAAGGAGGCCCACAGGCAGCUUGAGUCGUGCCCCCCCAAGAUGCGGCCCAUUCAGGAGAUGGAGUUCUACAUGCGGUCCUUCAGCCAUGUGCGCCCAGCGCCCCCUGGCCAGGCCAGGUCUGCUGCAGUGAAUGCCAAUCCCUCCGGGUUCCUUGCCACUGGCAGCCAAGUGGAGCCUCCACCGCCCUCCUCCCCAGAGACUCUGGCUCUGCCCCCUGGGACCCGACCCCAGAAAAAGAGGAAGCGGCGUGUGUAUAAGGUGCCGACCUCUGGGACCUUGGACCUUGAGGCCCCGCUGCCCAGGCUGCCGGCAGGACCCCGGGCCCCAGGCCACGGCUCCAGCUCGUCGUCGGAUUCCUCGGGCUCCAGCCCCGUUCACGCCGCUGGCCCUGCAGGCGCCUACCACUCGGCGUCAGCCGAAUCCAUGGACGAGAUUCCUGUGGCUCAGACACGCCUGGGCAGCGCCGCUCUGGCCGCCCCCGGGGUCAGGGGCCCAGAGCCCGGGCUGGCGCUGCAGGCUCGGGUGCCCGCCGUUUUCGUGAGCCCGAGCAGCGGCGAGCCCAGGGCGCGAGGCGGCCGGGAGGCCGAUCUGGCUUAGCUGGCCAAGAGGCAGAAGGGCCUUGGAGGAGCGGCCGGCUCGACUCUCUAUGCAACACCCCCACCCUCGCGAACCGAGUGCACUUUAGGAGCCCGUACGGCCGGCGGGAUCGCCCCCCUCGCCACGACUCAGCAAUACCCACCCAUCGGCCAUGAUGCUCCAAUAAACCUUUUUAAUGCC